UGCAAUAGCACAACAUCUACGGCCAACUGAAAGUGAAAUCGGCAAGCUGCACAUUUUAGCAACCAUUUGAUUUUCAUAGCCUUGUGUGUGUCGAGCGCAAAAACUGUUGGAAAAUUUUCAAACCGCAAUCGUGUCGUGUGCAAAUUAAUAUAAAUAUAUAAAGGCUCGUUCCAAUACACAGCAAGCAACUUAAAUAUGCAAAAUAAAAUUAUCUGCUCUCUGCUGCUGCUGCUGCUGCUAGCUUUUUUCCACUGCCAAGCAGCUCCUGCGGAUAGUUCUAUAAUCAAUUCGCUGGUGGACAUAAGUGGCGAGCCAGUGCGUCAGCAACGUGUGCAGGCCAAUGACUACUUCAUCUGUUAUCCCAGCAGCGUGGUCUAUAGUUAUCACAAUGAACUGGCAGCAAAUCGUCGCUCUGGCUCCAACGCACGACAACCCGCAGCUGUUUAUGAUUUUGAUGCAGCCAAGGAUCGCGCUGAUCGAAAACGUGCAGAGCUAGAGGCUAAAUUUUAUUAUCCUUAAGCAAUCGUUUGAUAGAAACAAACACAAAAUACAAAAAGAAUUUAAGGCUAUGCCUGCUCUAGUAAACUAAGCAAUAUUUAUUAAUUAGUCAUCUAACUAG